AUGGAAGAGGAAGAAAAUCGUUGCCUAUUUAUAAAAGUCACAGGAAAUGAUAUUCAACUUGCUAAAUGGCAAAUGCUUGCAAACGUUUUUGCUCAACGUCUCGAAACACCGAACACCUCAUUCACAAUUACACCAAUUGACAAUAGGUUUGCAGGAUCAGGAUUAAGUGCAAACAGUCUUCGGAUUGCGUUAGCGCAGCUUGAGCCCAACGUGCGUGAUGUUUUUCAAGUUUUUGGUCCAUCUUACAGUACAAUAGUGAACAGUCAGUACAUAAACGUGCUUCAAACUCCCAUGGCCCUAAGAGCCAGAUCACCCCUUAUUUUUCAGUGUGAAAAAUACAAAUGUAAUGCUCAGAAGAAACAAAUAGCCCACACCCAUCAUUAUAGAAACUCCGACUCCAUUUUGAUAGUACCCGGAGUUAAUAUGGAUUUAUCCGAGAGUCAUUGCGUACAAUCAUUGCAAAACCAGAUAACGCGUUUUACACAUGAACAUCCGGCUUUCCAACAGUCGAUUCCGGCACUGAUCAACGUCUUCGCACAAACCCUGGGCGGUUUACAUCCAGGAAUGGCGGUAGCUAUUGGAAAUCUUCCCCACAAUAACGCCAGACUAAUAAUGACGCCAAACCAAAUCCAAGCCGGACUACCUGUGCAACCAGAAUUACCUGUUGAACCGCAAGAGGCAAAUGACAAUCAACAAACAGGCUUGCCCAUGGAAGAGAAGCGUUGCCUAUAUAUAAAAAUCAUAGGAAAUGAUCAUCAACUUAUUAAUUGGCAAAUGUAUUCACACGCUUUGACUGUUGCGUUAUCUCAGCUUGAGCCCGACGUGCGUGCUGUUUUCCAGUCAGUGGGUCCAUCUUACAGUACAAUAGUGAACAGUCAAUACAUAAACUUGCUUCAAACUCCAAUGGCACUCAGAGCCAGAAGGCCAUUAUAUUAUCGAUGUGCACGAUACAACUGUGAGCGACAGAAGCAACAAAUAGCCCACACUCAUCAUCUGAGAACCCGUUAUUAUGACUCCAUUUUAAUAGUGCCCGGAGUCAAUAUGGAUAUAUCCGAGAGUCAUUGCACACAAUCAUUCCAAAACGGACUAAUCCGCUUUCAACUGGAGCACCCGGCAUUCCAACAAUCGAUCCCUGCACUGAUCAACGUUUUAGCACAAAACCUGGGCGGUUUGCAUCCACUGGGGAUAGCUCUUGGAAAUCUUCUGCCCAAUAACGCCGGUCUAAUAAUGAUGCCAAACCAAAUCCUAGCCGGACAACCGAUGCAACCAGAAAUACCUGUUGAACCAGAAGAGGCAAACCUUGGCCACGAAGAAGCGGAGCAGCCAGAUGAAGCAGAAAUAGUCAACAUGGAAGAAUGA